AUGGGGAUAGCACCCUUCAAAAUACUUACAGGUCUGAAUAUGCGCACUUCAGAUAGUCCGGAAUUACUAACUAUGUUAGACGAAGUAGAGGUUGAAGAGUUAAAUACGCAACGCGAAUUAGUGAGACAGGAGGCAAAAGAAAACAUAAAGUUUGGGGUUGGUCUGAGAUUGAGGCCGAAAUAUCUCGGACCAUACAAAAUAGUCGCACAAUUACCACACGGAAGAUACAAAGUAGGAAAAGUAGGAGUCCAUGAAGGACCUAAUAAGACUGCUGUAACGUGUAAGGGUUGUAUUGAUGUCGAUUGUGGUGAUGUCGAGUUGCUUGGGACUAUGUGCAGAAAUUCAAAUAAUGAAGUCGUUAAGGAAAUAUUCACCAUCCUUGCUAGUUUAGCUGCUGAAUCAAGUUCGUCAUCGGAGGAUUCAGAACAAGAGCAGAUAGAGCAGCCAAAAUGCUCUAAUUUUGUGGACACUAUAGAUAAUUUUGGAGAUGAGGAUUUCAAAUCACACUUUCGUUUGAGCCGCACCACUUUAGAUUACUUAAUAGGAAGAUAUGAAGAAAGUGAACAAAACCGUUUUGCUACGAAGUCCGGAAAAGCCAAAAUUCCUGCUAAAACAAUGAUGUACAUGUAUGUAUGGUACUUAAGUAAUACAAUUACCUACAGACAACUAGCCGUAUUGUUUGGUGUAACGAAGUCAACAGCAUGGGCGAUUGUUCGUCGGGUUGUCGCGUGGGUUAUCUCAAUAGGACAUGAGUUUGUUAAGUGGCCAACUGGAGAUGCGUUGGAAGAAACAACUCGCAAGUUUUUACAAAGGAAACAAAUACCAGGUGUUAUUGGUGCUAUUAAUUGUACCCACAUAACAAUUAAUGCACAAAUAAAAGACAAACAUAUAUAUUUUGAUCGUAAACGUAAUUAUAGUGUUGUUGUGCAGGCCAUUGUCGAUGCUGAUAAAAAAUUUAUUGAUAUUUUUUGUGGUGAACCCGGAUCAUAUCAUGACUCUAGAGUCCUAAAAAGGUCAGCUUUCUAUAGAAAAGCGAAAAAUAAUAUGGAAAGUUUAUUUCCAAAUUCUACUUUUAUUCUCGGGGACUCGGCAUACCCUUGCAGAAAUUACCUCAUACCGGUGUUUAAAGAUUAUGGUUCGUUAACGCCUAAUCAAAUCAGCUUUAACAAAACAAAUUCUAGUUCUAUAGUUGUUGAAAAUGCAUUUGGAGCACUGAAAGGACGUUUCCGAAGGUUUCUUAAAUUUACGGAGCACAGAAAUUUAUGUGCAAUUUCGAAUUUAGUUGCAAGUGCAUGCAUUAUGCACAAUAUAUGUAUUAUUACAAACGACGAUACAAUUAUUGACCCUCAAAUUGAAAGUGCCGACCCGGAGCCAGAACCUGCUAAUGAGCUGGCGAGAGAAGCAAGUGGAGAUCGUCGGAAUCAGUUACUUACAGUGUUAACACGAAGAAAUUAA